AUGACCGACGUGGGUGGACCUCUGGGUGGAGGAGGAAGAUGUGCACAUUAUAAAUAGUCCCCCAUAGGUGAUGCCUCCGGGACAGGGCUCAUUCGAGCGGCAGGCGCUGCUGGUUCCAUGCGGCAUCGCUCCCGGGGUGGCCAUGUGUGUGAGGAAGUGCAGCCGGAUCGUGGGGCCCUGUCUGCUGGUGCUGGGUGUGCUCUCCAUGGCAGCCAACAUCCUCCUGCUCUUCCCUGGCUGGGCACUGCAGUACCUGCUGGAAGGGCACAUCAGCAAGCAUGCCAAGGCCAUGCCAGGUGUCUGGGGAGGAGGCAUCAGCGUGCUGCUGGCAGCGACCCACAUCACAGCCGUGGGGUGGCAAUGCACCGGCUGCUCCGACUGCGGCACUCGUCGCAACGCUUUCAUCUCAGCCGUGCUCUCCAAGCUGGCACUCCUGGGUGCUGCUGCCUGCUUCGUCCUUUCCGGGGUGGGUUUGACCAAUGGACCUCUCUGCUUCUACAAUGCCUCCACACAUGGCCAUGGGAACGACACCCUCUGGGGCUACCCCUUCCUGGACACUGGCAGCCAGGUGCCUGACCUCAGGACAGAGGAUUACCUGCACAAUCAUCACACAUGGAGCAUCUGCCUAGAGCCAGAGGGCAUUGUGGCCUGGAACACUGUCCUCUUCUCCCUCCUGCUGCUCAUCAGUGCUGCUGAGAUGGUGCUGGCCUCUCUUCAGAUCCUCAACGGCUGCCUUGGGUGCCUCUGCGGCUUUUGUGAGAAGAAGUAG